AUGAAAAAUCUUAUUGUAUCUGGUAGUAGUGAUAAGAAAAUUAAAUUCUGGUAGAAGGAGAAUCAAUGGGCGUUUUCAUAGACAAUCACUGAUCUUAAUUCAACUGUAUAUGCAUUAAGUUUGAAUGAAUCAUAAAAUAAAUUGAUUUCUUGUGUUUGGGAUUAUUUAAUAAUGGUAAUGGAAUAAUCAGAAUAGAAUAAAUAUUGGACUGUAAUAUAAAAGAUUGCUGUUAAGAUAAAAGGAUGUCGAUUAUGCUUUAUAGAUAAUAAUACAUUCGCAUUCUAACCAUUUGAGAAAGAGUAUGUGCAUAUUUAUGAGAUGAGUAAUACUAAUAAAUAGUUUACCAAGACAAAAGAUAUUCCUGUAGAAGGUGGUUAGGAUUAUAACUUCUUUCCCUAAUAAUUUAUAAAAUCAAAAUGCAUGCUAGUAAAUAAGAAUGGUUCCAAUGUGAGUUUAAUAAGGAUCAAAUCAAAUUUUGAGUUUAUAAUCCAGUAAUCUAUUGACUUUAGAACUCAUUUCGCAUUUGGAUAUAUGACUGAUGAUGGGUAGUAUUUGGUGACUUGGGAUGAUAAUUCAAAAGAAUUAGAUCAGAUAAUAUUAAGAAUUAUGAGCUAAAUGUUUAUUUAAUAUCUAUCAUAUAUUUGUUUUAAAUUCCUAACUUAGCACUAAAUUUCAAAUAGAUGUAAAGAUUGUAAUAAUUACCUACCUGGUUACAAUAAUCAUUUUUUUAUGUUUCUAAAUUUAAUUACUUUCAUAAUAAAUUGUAUGAUAUAAUAGUAAUUAUUUAUUAAUUAAUUAUUCAAAAAGACAAUGGUUUUUUGA